CAGUUGCGACUCGAGCGGCGAGUGGUGCGUGUGUCGUUCUGUUUCGUCUCGUCUCGUAACGCGUUUGCCGUCGUGUCGCGGUCGGGCGACUCGCAAGACACGGCCGCCAAAGACGCGAGGCUCGGAUUUCUUCUUUCUUUUUGCCUUUUAUUUCGCGCGCACGUAUCCACCGACCGGUACGCGCCGGAAAUUGUGAAACGGCCACGGGAGCGAAGAGUGACGCUGAAAAGGAGUGACGCUUCGUCGCGGACGUCGCGGGUGACGCGUUCGAGCAAGAGGCGGCGGAGUGGUGCUCUCUCUCUUUCUCUCUCCCCGUCUCUUUCUUUCUUCCAGUGUUACACUUUUAUUGUGCCAACAACUAUUGUCUCUCGCCUAUUAUCGUCUCCCACCCCUCCCGUCUCUUGGAUUUUUUUUCAAUUUUCUUUCGACGGGCCACCGCGUGGCGAUAGAACGUCGGGCCCCCCGUCGAAAGUUGCCGCGCGCUUCGAUCCCUCGCUCGGCAAGAGCGUUUCUUUGGGAAGAGCUUUUCUGCGAAGGAUACGAAGGAUCGUCCGGUGACGGGAAUACCUACUCGGAGGAACUCGACGCCCGCGCGUAUGCACCAUCACGUCGACUCUGCCUUUUCGGAAUGACGAUCGGUGGUGGCGAUGAUGAGGCUUGAAAGUUAUCGUUGACUUGUCGGACAUCCUGCAGGGCCAUUUGUUUCCAGGAUGAGCGCGUCGCUGCGGAUUUUGGCUCUGAUCAGCUUAGCCGCGCAAAAUGUGGCUUGGCCGCAGGACCCCAUUCCUCGACUGCACGUCAAACACCGCGACGUGAUUGGCCAGCGGUUCCUGGGCAACGAGAGCCACGUGGAGCACUUCAAGCUCCUAGAACGUGCGACUACCUCCAUCCUGAUCGGGGCCAGGAACGCCAUUUACAACAUAAGUCUGCACGACCUAACGGAGAUCGCCGACCAGAGAUUGCAGUGGUCCAGCACCGAGGCGCAUCGCCAGCUUUGCUACUUGAAGGGGCGCAACGAUGACGAGUGCCAGAACUAUGUACGAGUGUUUGGCAGGCAAGGCCCCGAUCGCUUCCUCGUUUGCGGCACGAAUGCCUACAAGCCGCUCUGCAGACAAUUCACGAUCAAGGAUGGAACGUACGUGAAGAAAAGCGACAUGGACGGUUUGGGGCUUUGCCCUUACGAUCCACGGCACAACAGCACGGCGGUUUUUGCCGAGGGACAGUUGUACGCCGCGACGGUGGCCGACUUCUCCGGAGGCGAGCCUCUGAUACACAGGGAGAAAAUUCGCACCGAACGUUCGGAUCUGAACCAGCUGAACGGUCCCAAUUUUGUGAGCUCGUUUGCGCAUCAGGAUUACGUGUUCUUCUUCUAUCGCGAGACGGCCGUGGAGUACAUGAACUGCGGAAAGGCGGUCUACUCGCGGGUUGGCAGGGUCUGUCAGCACGACAAGGGCGGGCCGCACGCAUUUAGCGACAGAUGGACGAGUUUCCUGAAAGCGAGACUGAACUGCUCGGUGCCGGGAGAGUACCCGUUCUACUUCAAUGAAAUACAAUCGACGAGCGACGUAACGGAUGGUCGAUACGCGGGAAAAUCCGCGCGUCUAGUUUACGGGGUGUUCACGACCCCGGUAAACUCUAUCGGAGGCUCAGCUGUCUGCGCGUUCUCUAUGGACAGCAUUCUAGAGGUCUUCCAGGGUGCUUUCAAGGAACAGGAGACUAUAAACAGCAAUUGGCUACGGGUACUGCCAGAAAAGGUGCCUGAGCCCAGGCCCGGCGCCUGUGUCAACGAUUCUAGAACACUUCCGGACAUAACUGUCAAUUUCGUCAAGGCCCAUCCUCUCAUGGACGACGCGGUGCAAUCCUACUUUCUAUUACCUGUGAUAACCAAGACCAGUUUUAAUUACAGAUUUACCAAAGUCGCCGUAGAUCCCCAAGUAAAAGCAUUGGAUGGUAAAGCGUACGAUAUCCUCUACAUCGGAACAGACGACGGCCGUGUUUUGAAGGCUCUCAAUACACGUGCGCCAGAGACACGAUCUAGCGUCGGCCAAGUUAUCGUCAGCGACGUUCAAGUAUUAAAAUUCGGCCAAGCAGUCAAGGAUCUUUUGGUGGUUCAUCUGGCUGGCGAGGCGAGCAAACUGGUGGUGUUCGCGGAUUCCGAGAUUCGCGCAGUUCCCUUACAUCAUUGCGAUUCGCCUGCUGCGGCUACCUGCAGAUCCUGCGUCGCUCUGCAAGAUCCUCAUUGCGCCUGGGACGCGACCGCGAAUCUCUGCGUGGCGGUGCUGACGAAACUCCACGACAGCGAUGCCGACAAGACGCUAUUCCAGGAUAUCGUUACCGGCAGGCACAGAAGUUGCGGAUACGAACAAGAGAUGACGAAGCCCGUGCAACCAGCAGUAGCGCCCGAAAUUGGGCGCGACGAGCAGCCCGAUGAACGGGACAAUGAGAUCGUCAUCGAGUUGGAUCGGGAAAAUCAGUACGGCCGUACCCAGCCGAGGGCUAACGAGCCUCAAGGUGUAACUGUGACACCAGUGGUAUACUCGGCGCAAACGUUGACAGGAGCGCUGAUAGGCACCUGCUUCUGUUCCCUGGUGGCUGGCUUCGCGUUCGGCUUCUGGUUCUCCCAGAGGCUGCGCGGUACGUCGUACCCGGAGCCAUCCGAGCAACGGCAACAGCUCAACCGGCUGACGGAGAGCUCCGAGUCGCCCGGAUUCAACAACAAGUCUAUCAACUUGGUACUUAACGUACCGCCCAAGAACCCAAAUGGCAAGAACGCCAACUCGUCGGCGGAGAACAAGCCGGUGCAGAAAGACCCCACGGGUUCUGGCGCAUCUUCCACCAGCUCUUCCUCCGACCUCGCGGAGUCGGACGAACGCAACGACGAGGACGGCGACGACGACGAGGAUGACGAUGGGACAACGCCCACGAGUCUCACCACCGGCAUCGCCACGGACCACACGAGCAACACGCAUAACAAACCGGACGAGGAUCGCUACGAGGAUCACUACGAGAGCGUCGGGAACGAUGAGACUUGCACGCUCGAGUACUUGGACUCUUACGACGCGGAGCAACGAUCCACCAUUCGGUAUCAUCAGACCGAGUGCGCCGAGACCACGUUGAUGAAUGGGCCGGCGACGUGCGAGCACGAGGACUCCGGCAGCAGCGACAGUGCCAACAGCCUCGAUGAUCUCUGCGGUCGUCGUCUCGCGGCCGCCGCCGGCGACGCUGAUGAUGAUCGAUUCGCUCGUCGGAACGACGAGGUGACGGGCAACUCGCGCGAUCACUACAUGGUACCCACGCGAAGUCCGCGCGAGCUCAACGAGAGGAUCCUGUCGCUGUUCAACCCGCAGUUCUUGCCGAACUUUAACAGCAUGAUCACGCACGCGAGCAUGAGCGCGCACAGUCCGCCACCGCGGUCCCAGUCCAUGGCCCAAUACUGCGGCGAGGACGAUAACUUCCUGCUCCGAAGCAUAGACUAUCGUAAACGCGACGGCACGAACUCGAUGUGCUUUCGACGUGGACUGACUUACGAAACGCCGCGGAAGUGACCGUGCAUUCACGUCGGCGGAUAAAGCGACCUUCCCGUUACUUGCGGUUGGUUUGAUCACGAAAAACGUCUAGGACCGUAACUUUGUGUGCAUCUAGGAAAGUAGCAGUGUUGAGGGAGUGACAAAUGACUGUACGUAUCUUCUACGAUUCUAGUAUCGAAGAAGAAGAAGAAGCAGCAGCAGCAGAAGAAGAAGAAGAAGAAGAAGAAGAAGAAGAAGAAGAAGAAGAAGAAGAAGAGCCGAGAACUGUCACGGAUAUGGUACUACGCGCAGCGAAACCCCUUUCCUCUCUUUUCCUGUAGUCCCACGAACGCACGGCUACAGGUCGCGGUCAAGAGAGAGAGAUGCGACACGAUCACAUAGCGACGCGUACCUCGCACGUUGUAUCGUAGAUCGAUGCAAAGGAACGGAGGGCGAAUAGCGAAUCACGUGAUAAGUCCGAGAUCUACUUUUUUAUGGUAUUUUCAAGCUUCGCCAAGUAUGAUGUCUGCGCGCGGUUAUAUACGCCCACGUGGCCCCCACCGUGGAAUUAUUCUGUAUAGAAUUCGAGAUCGUUUCGAGUCACUUUUCUUCAUUCGUUUUCGAUCGCGAUAGGGAGGGACGACGAGCGAGAAGUAGAGAGAACGCGGGGGAAAGGUGUAUGCCGACGAGAACGACACAAGUCGAGGCUGAUGAAAAAUUGAACCGUAAUUAAUGUAAUGUGAUACCAUACGAGGACUGUGUUCGUAGCAGUGGCCUGUUAGGUGCUUAGACUGAUGCAAGAUAAAAGAAAAAAAAACACGAAACACUGUGUAGAGACAUUUAAGCAUUCGCGCGAAAGAGAGAUGAGGCGUGCCUUCCGUGUAUUAAUUGUUGGCAAAUCUUGAUCUAUAAACAGGAAACGGAGUGUUAAUACGGCCGGUAUAGAUUCGGGCAAGUGCCUCAUUUAUGCGUUUUGUUUAAGCUGUAGGACGGAGCGGAGCGUAGAGAGACAGAGAGGAGGAAAGAGAGAGAGAUCUAAGUAAGACUAAUUCGAUAGUAUCGUUGUGCACUUAUUGGCGUGCUGUGAGUAUUGGUAAUGGCCGGGAAUACGGGCGGGAGCGUGAUUAUUAAUAACUCGGAUCGCGGGGGAGUAUAGUGGCAGCCGUAUGUAGUUUCUUCGAGGAAUGCAUGUUGAAAAAUUCAUGUACGCGCGCGCAAGCGCGUCAAUGCAAAAAUUAAAACUCGCUACUUGUGCAGUAGGCGUUGCUAGUAAGGACGGAAAUUUAAAGGAGAAACAGCAAAACGCGCACGUUUAUUUCGAGCUGAGCGGAGUUUAAUUAAUCUAAUAGGCGAGAUAUUAGUAGUACGUUGACAAUUUGACAGUAGAUUCGAUUAGAAGCUAAUCGCUGAUUAUCUAGAUAAUAAUAGUAACCGAGCGAAUCUACCGUUUUUCUAACUAUUUCAGGAAUAAGACGAGAAGUUCGGCCAAAAAUUGCUUAGGGACACUGCGCGUAUAUACUUAAAGAGUGCUUUCUCGCGUUAUCUCCCUUUGCGUUUCGCAAAUUUCGUGACAAUUUGACAUUUGAGCAGAACGUGCAACGGAAUACACAUGCAGAAGGAAACGGAUUCGUUGCAGCGCUGCGAGUAUUAUUAUUUGAACAAAUUCGAACUGCGUUUCGUCGCGGUGCGUAGAACUAAUUUCUAGCUGACUAAGCAUGUUGCAUGUAUGUUUGAUUCAUAUUUUUUUUAUAUAUAUUUUUACACGCCGUCGUGUACCACGGCGAACAUCCUCGAGGAAACCCCGAAAUGGAAGGAACCGAAACGGAAUGAGCGAGAGAUCUUAGAUCAAUGGCGCAAAUUGGUUUUACUAGCGUAUAUACAUCCAAUUAACGAUUGCGAUACGAUUACACGCGCGCAUCUCCUUGACAGCUCAAUCGCGGACAGAGUGCCUCUAACGAUGAGCGUCCUGAGAUUUUCUUCGAAUGUGAAAAAACGGCGGAAAGUGCACUCUCGAUAUCGAGGAUCGGUGAAAGGCGAACGUUUCUCAUUUUCCUAAGCCUGUUUUAAUCGCGUCAGCCUAGUAUCGAUUAAUCGACGUACUAAUGAACGAAUCUCUAUUAUAUGUAUAUGUAUAUAUAAUAGUUAUUAGUAAUUAGUAAUUAAAUUAUUAGUUAAUUUAUCCCAGGAAAACGGGCAUCAGAAAUUGAUUAAUGAUGCGUUUCUCGGAGGUAUUUUUGGAUACAGGAUAUUUUCUACGUGCAUCGUUUUUGUACACCAACGCGUUUUAUACGUAAUUGUUAGCGCACAGAAAUGACUUGAAUGUAACAAUCCGUUCUCCAAACGUACUUUCCGUCGUUUUGUGCACCACGCACUAAUUUCCUCAUCGUUCGUAAACCAACACUGCCGCGCAAAUUCUAACACGCCUCGAGCGAAGUACAGUACUACAGUAGACAUCCUAUGAUUAUCAUCAUUGAUUGUCAUCAUUGAGCAUAGAGAGAUCAGGGUAAUAACGAAACAUUGUUCAAGUGCUUUCGCGUUCGACGGUAGGGCUCGGUGUAGAUAGCAUACGUAUGUGACGGUAACUGCGUGCUGUAUAAGCGAAAAGGGAAGUCAUGUAAAUACGUAGAACUGUUUUUUAUCGUUGAGAUCAUUUAAGCGAGAUCGAGGAAUCAUUCGUUAUGCUACUCGUCACGCGGGCAGCAGUGAUAAGCAUCAAUAUUAUACAUUGCAUUCUCAUUGCUGCGCGUAUAUACAUACACAUAACAUGUGUACAUGCGUAUGUGUACAUGUACAUGUAUACAUGCGUGUGUAUAUAUAUAUAUAUAUACACGCAUGCAUAGUUAAGCAUGGACACACACACAUGCACAUACAUACAUAAGCGUGCAGUUACACACACACACACACACACACACACACACACACACACACAUAUUCGUUUUUAAUUCGCGUAGAAUGCUACUUCAAGAAAGGAGAUAUGUUAAAUAAGAGAGGCAGCUAAUUAGAUUUAUGCGCUGACUUUGUAAAAGUCUGUCUUUCCUUAAAUAAAUUUUUGCCAUGCCCCGUUCAUCGAGUUCGGUUGAUUUCGGCUGGCAAGCCUUUGACAAAAUAUAAAACGAUGUUUAUGUAAUAGAAAUAUUCCAAUUAGGUACCUUAAUGCGAGAUAUAUGACAGUAGGCAAAAAUUGUUAUAUAUAUACAUAUAUAUAUAUGUUAUAAUAUUUCUAAAUUGAGAGACCGUGGGGGAGGAAGAGCGUAUAAAAAUUUACGUGUAUACAAAUGUACUAUUAGAAUACCAUUUGCAUAUACGAAUAAUGUAUAUAAUACUCCGUUCAAAACUGACGUUAUUGUGCUUUUUAAACGACUUCGAUAAAGAUACAUGGAAUUUUAAAUAUUACAUAUAGCAUGAGAGAAAAAUGCAUAAGCUAUCCAUAGCUUCAAGAGACAGCUUUUCACUUUUUUAAAAAUAUGGAUUCAGAAUUUUUCAAAAAGCGAAGAAUUCUUCAAAUGUAGAAAUAGAAUUCUUACUUGAAAGCAUCAUUUUGACUUUAGUUUGAAUCCAGUUUUUAUACGUAUAGUCUGGAGUUGCAUUAUGUAAAAUUGUAAAACGUCAAAUAUUGCAUUACUUGAUAAAAAUAUCGACAAGUAUAUCUUUUUUUAUUGGGAAGGACACAUUUCAAUCAGAAAGGUAAAAGAUUAAUGCGCUUUGUACAGUUUUUAGCCAGCGGAUUGAAACCAAGAGGCAAUACAUGUAGCUCAUGAAUGCGGUAAAGCGACAAUUAUUAUUAUUAUUAUUAGCAAAUUCAAUUUAAUAAAAUUGAAUUUAUAAUUUAAUAAUUUUAGACUGUUUCGUGUGUCGCGAUGAAAAAAAAGGAACGGGGACAAUGCGGAGAAUAUGACAGUAUGAGAAGUAUAAUUACGUGACGCGGUAUAUAUAGCCGUAGACUCGUAAUAACACUCGCAUUAAUUAGGUAAUGUAACCGCAACAUUCCAUUAAAGCCGGGACUGCCAACCGUCUAAUGAAUACUGACCUGGCAGUGGGAUGCAAGAAUGAUAUACGCAAAAAAAGCUAAUAAUACUUUUUUAUUUAUUUAUGCUUUGAAUGCAGAUGGAAUCGACAAGAAUUUGAAUAAUUUAUUUCAUAUCACUGUAUCAUCAUUAUAUCGUUUUUCUAUAUUCGUGCUAUAUUGUUCCAUAACAUUUUACUAUUUUUGAUUUAAAACAAAAUACGUGUAAAACGUCAUAUUUGACAUUAUUUAGAUAUCGUGUAAUGUCCACGUAUUCUUUCUGUCAUUUAAAUGAUUAAUAAAUACAUGACAUGACAGUUCAUGCAAGAAAUGUAUAAGUUUGAUUCAACUUAGCUUUCGGAUACGAAUUUUAUUCUUGCACAGUUACUAUUUAUUGAAAUAGAUACAUAAAAUUCAAGAUAUAUAAUAGAAUUUUAUCAAAUUUUUGAAACGUUAAAUUUCCACACUAUUUCUGAGCACAAAAGGAACGUAAGCGCAACACGAAAUUAACAAAGAAAGAAAGAACAGAAAUAUCCCGUUAUUGAUUAUUCUUAAAUAAAGUAUUUUUCUCACAUAAUUGGCACAUAGCCGUCUGAGAGAGCACAACGAAAACAAGUUCAAAGUAUCUAAUAUGCGUCAUAACUCAUAUUGUUGAUUAAUUGUAACAUAAUUCCCGCUGAGCGGCUGGGUGGCAGUCCGGGCACACAUCUUUGCUGUGCCAAUGCAACGUCUCUUUUAUGUAUAUAAUAUUGUAAUUCUAAUUAACCUUAGAUAAAAUAGCUAAAAUCUAAAUCAUGCUAAGUUGAAUAAACAUUUAUUUAUCAUCACAUACACUCAUACACGAUUUAAAAAAAAUUUCAGAUAAAUGAUACUCGACUUCAGAAAGUGUACAUUACACUAUACGCGUUUAUGUUUCGCGUAUAACAAAAUUUUGAUUGAUAUUCACGGGUGUCUCUUAGUUUUCUUCAAGUAGUUUUUAUAUUUACUUUUACUAUAUUAAUUUUAUAUAAUUUUAAAAAUAUAAAAGGAACCUAAAAAUUCUUUGGCCAAUCUCCUUUCGAUCUUUCUUCAAAAGUGAAACACGAAAACAUCGAAAACACGUAUGAUUUUCGAAUAAUUAAGAAUUGACUAAUUAAGAAUUAAGAAGCGUCUUUAACAUAUUCAGCUUUAGGUAUAAAAAUAAAUUCCAAAACGUUUUUCACAUAAUUUCUUAUAAGAACUAGAAAGGAGUUUUAAUUUGACUUUUAAUUACAAGUAUACGCAACAAAAAAAGUGAAAAAAAAAAAAUAAACGAUGAUCUUUGAACGCGUUUUUCAUUAAACAUGAUAUAAUUUCCAAAUUGGAAUCCAUAAAACUCGUAAAGAUCCAAAAGCAAACAAUUGUCUGGCUUGUAAGGUACAACUAGUAUAAUAAUACUUGGAAGUAUCCCCCGUUCCCCUUGGUAAACGGAUAAUACUAAUUCUGAAUAUAGUGAUAUUAGAUAAGAUAUAUUUUCUCGGAAUGUUAUUCCGAGAAGAAAAAGGAAAACGCUAACGCGCGUAAUGCCACUGAUAAAAAUGUAAGGAAGAAAAAAUUGUAUACCAUUCCUAUAUACCCUUUCAGACUAAACAAUUUUUAUCUCGCGAUAUUAAUUGACGAUGUAUGUAAAAGAGAGAGAGAGAGAGAAGACGGUAUUUCUGCGAAUAAUCGAGAUAUUUCAUCAAGUAAUUGCGAUAAAAUUUGAAUGCAGAGACGUCAUCGGACAAUGCCGUUUUACGAGUGUAUGAAAUUUUGUAAAUAUAUUUCCCCAUUACACUCAUACACCCACACCCACACAUACACUCAUACACAUCUUCCCGAAGCUAAUGAUACGUUAAUGAUUGUACGUAAUUCCCGUAUAAAUUGUCAUGAUUACGCGACACAACCAUACAGCAUAUACAGUAUAUCGAGCAAGUUUGUCACUGUGCGCAGGAUAACGACCCACAUUUAACAUUGUACCUUCCCUCAAACUGUGUGCGCAGUAUGCAAAUUCGUAGCGUAACUUGCGUACUAUGCAUACCUUUAAUAUACUAGUAUACUUUGUACAAUAAUACUCAUUUUUUUGAAAGAACGAUAAUGAUUAAAGAGAGCUUCGUUUUAAACAUAAUACCGAAGAACGAUCCUAUUUUAACAAUUGCUCUAGCGUCUUACGAGUGAUAUUACUUUUACCACUCACUUUUCAUUGCAUCUGUAUAAAUAGACUAUUGCUCUCCCUCAUUCCUUCUAUAUAUAUAUAUAUGUAUACAUAUACUCCCCUUCCUUUUUUUACAAAGAAUUGUAUUUUCUAGCGCGCCGACCUAUCAGCGGAUUAUACCUAUUAAUAGCUCCAUUUGUUAUAAGACUUGGAAGAUUUGUACAAUAUAAAUAAUCGAUAAUAAAUCAAUAACAGACGCUUCGUGGUCCAGAAUCAAAA